AUUUUUUUUGUAAAUCGGAACGUAAGUGGCAAAUGUCAACAAGUGGUUUUUCAAAAGCAUAUUCAUAAUUAUGGUUUCUAUUUGUAAAUUCGUAAUUUAACUAAUUUAGAUAAACACAUUCAUUAGCUAAUAGAUUUUUUGCCUAUUUAACCGAGUCCAUAUAAGUUAAUAGACUUGAUGAAUCCGAUUGUUUGGUAUUUUCAAUAUAAUAAUAAUCUAUUUGACCUAAAUAUGCACACUGUAAAAACUUAGUUAUCAAAACAGUUUCCGAGAAGGAAAAGUUAUUUUUGUACCUUGCCGCAAUCUUUAUUUUAGUACUUUUAAUGGUGGUGCAUAGUAUUCUUCCUGUUCGAGUUGUGUAUUGUUAAAAAUGGACGAUAUAGUGUUCGUUGGUGACUGGGUGAAAGACCGAGUGCUGGGCUCUGGCAGCUUUGGAAUAGUGAUACUAUGGAAGCAUAAAAGAACCGAUGAAAAACUCGCGAUUAAAACAUGCAAAUGGGGCAAUGAACUCACUGAUAAACACAAAGAAAGAUGGACCAAAGAGGUGGAAAUGUUACAAACCUGUGAUAACCCAAACAUAGUGGGAACUAGAGAACUACCCCCGGAGUUUAAAACAGGAUUAGCGCGCGCCAACCCCUCGGGGCUGCCGAUAUUAUGCAUGGAGUACUGCAGCGGCGGCGACCUGCGCCAGCUCCUCAACAAACCAGAGUCAUGUGCCGGACUCAAGGAACUGCAAAUCAGACAGAUACUCAGCGACAUCAAAUCAGCCAUGCAGUUCCUAUACCAAAACAAGAUCACACACCGCGACUUGAAGCCUGAAAACAUUGUUAUGCAAAAUAUAGACAAUGUUGGAAGAAGUGAAAUAGGCUCACAAAGCCAAAGCAAGGUACUCUUCAAACUUAUCGAUCUUGGCUAUGCGAAGGAGAUUGACUCCAACUCUGUCUGUGCAAGUUUUGUUGGGACUCUCCAAUAUUUGGCUCCAGAACUAUUCUACAGCAAGACUUACAGUAACUCAGUUGAUUUCUGGUCAUUUGGCCUAGUGGCCUUUGAAAUUCUUUGUGGAGUGAGGCCGUUCCUUCCAAACAUGCCCCCUGUGCAGUGGAUGCCACAUAUAAAAAAGAAGGCACAUGAGAAUAUUUGUGUCUAUGAAACACACCAUGGUGACAUUGAGUAUUCAGAUGAAAUAUUCCCUGAAAAUUAUAUUUCAAAGCCAUUUAAGGCAUUGCUGGAGAAAUGGUUCAGGGUGGCAUUAGAAUGGGAUCCUAAGUUACGGGGAAGAGAUGCUCCGUCUAAAGUGACCUUCAACCUGCCUACAGAGGAGAAGGGAGAGGCAAGCAAAGUGAUAUUGUUCAGCAUGUUAGAAAGUAUUCUGGCCAAGAAGAUUAUUAAAAUAUUUUGUGUUUAUAACCUUUCAUUCAUUGCAUAUGAAAUUGAUGACAACACUUCUAUAGCAACAUUUAAAUCUUGGAUACAGAAAGACACUCAGAUAAAAGUAUCAGAGCAGAUAUUAAUCUCCCGAAUGACUAACCUUGAAAUAAACAAUGAGGACAUGAUAGCCAGAUACUGGAAUGACCAAGGCAACACAAUGCUGUACCUUUACAACAAAACUCAAAUUAUAAAUGAUAAUGUUGAAAUACUUGUCCCAAAAGCGGUUCAAAGGUCAUUGGAGCAUCCAAAAGCAUUGUAUAACUACAACAACAGUCAGAACCUGUACAGAAGUGGGUUUUAUUUUGUCAUUUCCCAGAUGGAAAUUUAUGACGCAUUUAUUACUGGUCUCUUUGUGAGAGCUGAAUCACUGAAGCAAGAGAGCAAACAGCUACUACUGAAACACAACAAUGUAGACAAAGUAAUUGGAAAGUUAUUAACUAAACAAGAGACGGUGGAAAAGAUGAUUGAUACAGGAAAGAAACAUAUUGAACAGUUAAAAGAAAACAGGACAGGAACCAACUUCUUGGGUGGAUUUGAGAAAAUAUUCAAAGAAGCAGAUGAACUAUUUGAGAAAAUCAAUAAAAUUCAGACUGCUUGGUCACAAUUGACUAUAAGACUGCAGUCAGCAGCCCGAAGAAGCAAUGAAAUAUUACUGGGAGAUCUCAAUAAUUUUGUUUCUAAGUACAAUUAUCAAUCCCUUUAUGUAGCCACACAAAAAUGCUACAUUUUUUACAGAAAGAAUGAAAGAGAGUACAGAAUUAAAGAAAGACCGUGUCAUGAAAUCAUGAAGAUUUGCUAUGAUUGCCUGAAACUCAGAAGUAAAAUGUUGCUUGAAAUCAAAAAUCAAGCUUUCCUACUGAAGUUAAUGGAUUUAAGUGUAGAGUUUUCCAAGAUCAGUGAUAUAAUAACCACAGCAUCUGAAAACAUGGAUAAGUUAGGGGCCGAUCUCUCUUCUUCAACUGAUGAGCUGACAAAUUGUUUAUGGUCUACUAUUAGUGUGUUGAGCAGUGAUGCAGAAAAUAUGACAGAUCUUCCUUACAGUGUUGUCUCCUUCCAGAAACGAGAUUUUAAAAUAGGAGAUGCUGUAACUAACCACAAACACAAAACUACAAACAGCUUAAAUGAAGAUGAUGAAGUUAGAUUACUUGUGGAAGAAAGUUUGAAACUGAGGCUCAGCCAAUCGCAGUUGACUGAUAAAAUCAAUUUGCAAAAGAAAAUGCUUAAUGAGUCCAUAACACACUUCGGAUUUUAAAAUGAUAUAAAUGUUGUAGGUACUUCACUAAUUAUUAGUAAGUGUUUCUUACGUAACGAGAAUCUAUUUAAGUGUGCCUUAUUAUUAACAAACAAAUAUUAGGUUUAUAAUAAUUCGUUUAUAAUGUGGCUUUAUAUGCAGUUACCUACCUACUUACAUGCUUCUGGUAGGUAUUUUGUACUUAUUCGAAAUAUUAUUGUUAGGUAUUUACAAAAUUUAUUAGGUACUUACUUAACACAUUUUUUUUGUUUCUAGUCAAUAUAUUGUUAUCUUUCUAUAAUAUUUUAUAAUUGGUUUAUAAUAAUUUACAUUUAAAAUUGUUCUAUACUCAAUCAUUG